AUGGCUAUGGCGGCGUCUGUUCUCCGAGCUUCUCCGCUCUCGCUCUCGCUCAACAACAAUAAAAAUCUGCGGGUUCAUAGCUCAGGAUCGGUCGGUGGAAUCAAAAGUCAAAAUAGAGUCUCGGUGGGACUGGGGUACGGCCUUGGCAGGCGAAAGCCAUCUCUGUUCAUAUGCCACUCCGCAAUUAACGCGAAAUGCAGCGAGGGACAAACACAGACCGUUACUCGGGAGUCGCCAACAAUAACUCAGGCUCCUGUCCAUUCCAAGGAGAAAUCACCAGACCUGGAUGAUGGAGGAGCCGGUUUCCCACCGCGAGAUGAUGGAGAUGGAGGUGGAGGAGGAGGGGGUGGAGGCAACUGGUCGGGUGGCUUCUUCUUCUUUGGUUUUCUGGCCUUCUUGGGUUUAUUGAAGGAUAAAGAGGGCGAGGAGGAUUAUCGAGGGAGAAGAAGGCGAUGA